CACAAACUAACUUCCCUCAAAAUCAAUUAUGACACAUUCACACUUUUCACCCCUAAAGACAUCAUUAGAAAACACAAAUCUUUUACAAAAGCUAGCUAGUAACAAACAUCCAUUACUACAAACAUCUAUCACCAUGUUCCAUGUUUAUCUCUUCCUCCUCUCACUUUCCCUAUGUUUCCUUCCUCACAUUGUUUUCUCAUCUCACUGCACAACAGAAACUUCCACUAAAACCUUUCAAAAAUGCAUGAAUCUUCCUACACAACAAGCCUCAAUAGCAUGGACUUUACACCCUCAUAGCUCCACCUUAGAACUAAUUUUCUUUGGCACUUUCAUUUCACCUUCUGGUUGGGUUGGAUUUGGUAUCAACCCUACUUCACCACAAAUGACAGGAACUAAUGCUUUGAUAUCAUUUCCAGACCCAAAUACAGGACAAAUAGUUCUUCUACCUUUCAUCCUUGACACUACUGUAAAACUCCAAAAAUCACCACUUCUUUCUCAACCCUUUGAUAAUAUCAACCUCCUCUCUUCCUCUGCAGCUAUGUAUGGUGGCAAAAUGGCAACCAUUCAUAACGGUGCGCCUAUUCAAAUCUACGCUAAACUCAAACUCGAAUCGAAUAAAACCAAAAUCCACCUUGUUUGGAAUAGAGGUCUUUAUGUUCAAGGCUACUCACCAACCAUUCAUCCAACAACAUCAAUUGAUCUAUCUUCUAUUGCCACUUUUGAUGUUUUGUCAGGUUCAUCAUCCUCAUCAUCUCAACACACUGACCUCACAAUGUUAAGAGUGAUUCAUGGCGUCCUAAAUGCAAUAUCUUGGGGUAUACUUUUACCAACAGGAGCGAUAACAGCACGUUAUCUUCGACACUUUCAGACAUUAGGCCCUUCAUGGUUCUAUGCUCAUGCAGGAAUACAAAUGUUUGGUUUUAUUCUUGGAACCGUUGGGUUUGGUAUUGGUAUUCAACUCGGGAAAAUGACGCCAGGAGUUGAGUACGGACUCCACAGGAAGCUCGGAAUAGCGGUGUUUUGCCUCGGAGCUUUGCAGACUUUGGCAUUGUUGUUUAGGCCAAAUACUACGAACAAGUUUAGGAAGUAUUGGAAAUCUUACCACCAUUUUGUUGGUUACUCUUGUGUGGUUCUUGGCUUUGUGAAUGUGUUUCAAGGAUUUGAAGUGAUUGGAGCUAGUAGGUCUUAUGCCAAAUUGAGUUAUUGUUUAGGGCUUUCUACUCUUAUUGGUGUUUCCAUUGCUUUGGAGGUCAAUUCUUGGGUUAUUUUUUGUAGGAAAUCUAAGGAAGAGAAAAUGAGGAAAGAGGGACUUAUUGGAACUAGCUCUGACAAAGGGAGUAGUGGCAUCCACAUUUGAGAGAGCAACAAUGGUUCUCUAAAAUAUCACAACCAGAUAUCUUAGUCGUUGAAUCAAGAUCAGACUAUUUAUAUUCGACUUCACUAAAUCAAAUUUUAAAUGUAAACUCAAAAUACACACCUUGCAAUCUUGACCCGACAAUCAAGACUUAUUGAUCAUAGCGACCAAUGUGAUGUAUAGACCAGAUGGUAUUUUAACUGUGUCUAAUCUCAAUUUUUGAGAAUACAUGCAUAUAUUUUUUUUUUGUC